UGUGAACGUCGUCGCGAGUUGGUGUCGUCGUCGGGAUCUUCGGGGCUCGUGUUGUGUGCUUUAUUUGCUUUAUCGAAUGAAAGUUGUUCUCUGAUUAUUUUGACAGCGCCAAGGGCUAGAGAAAAUUGCCAGAAAGAACCGUCGAAACGAAACAAAACAACAGCGAAAACGUUGAUGUGUGGAAGAUAAAUUUUCCUACGAGGUGUGUGAAAAACGGAAAACGUACGUACGGGGCUGCAGGAGAAGCGGGUGCUUCACAGGAACGCAACCUGAGCAGAUUUUUUCGAUUUUACAUAUAUAAUUUUGCUUGGUAGAGCUAGAGUGUAUUCUGUUGCGCCUCACUGUGGUCUGUGAAAUCCGUGGUGUUACGGUGUGGAAGUGUGAGAGUUGUGAUUCGAAGCUGGCGGCGGUCGUGCAUUUUCCGUGACGGGCCAAAAAAUAAUCUGGUGUUGGAUAUAUAUAAAUAACACGCGAAAACCACCCAUUCCGUUCCGGAUCUCCAGAGGAUUGUGUCGGAAGUUUUGUACUGAAUAACAAUCGUCCAAAAUAAUCUCCCAGCUGCAACAGUUCCGAACGAUGGCCGAAAAUAAGGGAAUGCUACUGGCGAAAUCAGUCCAGAAACAUGCUGGACGAGCUAAAGAAAAGCUAUUACAAAAUCUCGGCAAAGUGGAUCGAACUGCAGAUGAGAUUUUUGAUGAACAUCUCACCAACUUCACCCGACAGCAGAACAGUGCCACCAGACUACAGAAAGAAUUCAACAACUAUAUCAGAUGUGUGCGAGCCGUUCAGAGUGCCUCCAAAAGCCUGAUGGAUGCCAUAAACGAAGUGUACGAAAGCCAAUGGACCGGCUCGGAGGCCCUGUACGCGCAGACCAACUCCGUUGAGGUACUAUUCCAGGACUUUUCGCACAAACUCGGUGACCAAGUGCUCAUACCGCUCAAUACGUACACUGCGCAGUUUCCAGAGAUGAGGAAAAAGAUCGACAAGAGGGGUCGUAAGCUGGUGGACUACGAUAGUCAACGACACUCCUUCCAGAGCCUGCAAGCUAAUGCUGCCAAACGCAAGGAUGAUGUUAAGAUCACCAAGGGACGCGAACAGCUAGAGGAAGCGAAGCGUACCUACGAAGUGCUUAACACUGAACUGCACGACGAACUGCCAGCGCUGCACGAUUCCCGAAUACUGUUUUUGGUGACGAAUUUGCAAACACUGUUCGCCUCCGAGCAACAGUUUCACAGCGAAACGGCCAAGGUGUACGCCGAACUGGAAGCGAUCGUCGAUAAACUGGCCACCGAAUCGCAGCGAGGUUCAUACACGCUCAAGAAGAUUACUGCUAACUCAUCUCCGUCCAGCCAACCACAGUCUCCAGUGAAAGCGAACUUGUCGAUUGUAAAUAACAUUACCAACGGAUCUGCCAAUACCAACGGACCCACAUCCACUUCGCCAUCAAUUUCGCCCAGCUCAGAACAGCACAUGGACGAUUCGGAACCCUCCUACCAGAACACAGAUAUCGUGAAAUCUACCAGUGCUGCUUUGCGAUCAUCCGCCAACACCACCACUACUACUACUACCACCACCACUACUAAUAAUAACAAUAUUGAUGUCCCAUCGCAACCAGUCGCGCCGCCUAAAUCGCCUGUGCCACCCACUAGUGAGAAAGUAACCUCAAACGGUACGGAUCACGAUCACGAUACCAACAGUAGCCAUACGCAAAAUAACAACGCAGCAGAUUCAACCACUAGUCCAUCAUCUACAACAGCUCCUGUUCCUUCUACUCCUGUUGUUGCUGCUCCCGCUGCUACUACUGUUGCUCCAGUUGCUGAUGUUCGGCCUGCUACGUCGCGCUCGCCAUCACCCACAACGCCUACUGUUUCUGGCGCUGCCGUGUCGCAAUCAAGCGCCACUACAACUGACCUACCGCCAGGAGUACUGUAUCGGGUGAAGGCUACCUACAAAUACGUUCGGGAGGAUGUUGAUGAGCUUAGCUUUGAAGUCGGUGACACAAUCAACGUGAUCGAGUACGAGGACCCAGAGGAUCAGGAGGAAGGCUGGCUGAUGGGCAUCAAGGAAGGAACAAACGAUAAGGGCAUGUUCCCGGCCAAUUUCACGCGGCCGCUGUAAGCUUGACUGAGUGACGAUCAAACGGAUACCGGCUACUGGAGAGAGUUUGCUUCAUUUUAAUUUUGAGAACGGUUCGUCCAAACGUGACCCACGUUUGGAAUUACAGAGAAAGUUUACGACACGGGCCACAACGCGUUGAAAUCAUUUUACCGCAAACUAUUACGUUCAUAACCACACACAUCUAAGAUUAUCAAAGUUUAAACAAAAACACUCGUAAACUGAAAUCAGUAACACCCGUGCGUUGUUAAUGCGGUUUUCAAAGCUAACGAUUGUAGGCGAUUGGUAGGGAAACAAACAGAUGAAGAAAGAAUGACGUGCCUUUUAAAUUGUUCAUUCAAUCAUUCAGUAGAUAAUUAAUUACUCUGCCAACCAAGAGGAGCUAUGUAAGCAUAAUUAUGUCAGCCAUCUCAUCCGGAUAAUACUUUGACUUCCUCUAUAAUUUCCUUCCGUAUCUGUUACUGUUAUGUUGUUAACUGUUCGCGAUAUUGAGCACACAAAUAUUAUAUGCUUUCGUUAUUAGUACCCUGAUUUUAUACCACUACCGGCAGUUCUCGAACAAAAGCUUUAAUGCAUCUCAUCAAAAUGUUUCCAUGGAAAAUAAUAUGUGGAAAUGAACUCUUUCUUUCUUUUCGAAAACGCAAACCAAAACCAAUAUGUAAAUAAUUCGAAACUACAAAUUGUCCGACUCGAUUGCACUAAAUAAAUUAGCUAGCGUUUUGAUCUGAGCUGCCGAAAAUAGUUCGCUUUAAUUGCCAAUUUUACAACUAUGUAAAUAGUCGAUAUUCACGCUAAGCAUACUGUAAAAAACGAAGGCCAAAUUGCUUCCAUUAUUGAAAUAUCUUCAGCGAUAAUCUUCCUAUCCUUGCAGCACACUACCUAUGUGUAUGAAUAGAGCUAAAAAACCCUUUGAAAUAGAUAAAAUCGGUACAGGCGAAUUGGUCAAUGCAUUUUUAUUAGGUGAUCAAGACGCAUUUUGGUUAAACCUUUCUUCUCCAAUCCCCCCAGUAACCCAUCUUACCUAGAAUGUAAGCAACAUGCAAAAUGCAAACUAGCCGUGGCAUAUAUUCUGAUCAAAGAGAUCAUUUCAUACUGCGAUUCUCGAAUAAUACCGUUUCUUUUUUUUUUCUUUCACUUUGUAUGCUAUUGUGUAACAAUUAAAUUUUAUACUAUAUAUUACCUAUCUGUACACUAUUUUUUUGCCCCCGUGUUAGUCAGGCUGCCAAACAACAAAACAUUGUUUUAUGCCCGUUCCGAUUCUAGUUGUAGAAACAUAGACACAUCCUAUUUUUCGAAACCAACACAUCUUCCGUAUUAAACUGUGCAGCAGUUAUGUUAUUUUCAAAUUAAAAUUGUUUUUAUUAUAUUUGAUAAUUUUAUCUUAUUUAACAAACAAAUAAUUUAAUAACUUAGUCGAGUAAUGAUAGUGACGGUGAAGCAACUUGCAGAAAUAUGCAUGAUCAACUUAUCUUAACACCGAAUGCGCACGCUGAUCGGACUUGAAUUAGAGUGAAAAUAAUCUAGCAUAUAAUAAAGAAAAACUUUAGAUAAAAACGUUGCAAGGAAUUGAAACCGGAAAACGGUCCUGGUCAUGUUAUAAAAACGAAACAGCAUGGAACGAUCAGGCAACUGUGUUUGUUGAAAUAGAUGAUGAAGAGGUAAUAUAUUUCAGUAAAAUUAACAACUAAAAUAGUACGCUAAGGAUAACGAAAAUAAAAACUACAACGUCGAUAAAA